CUUGCAGGCGACGAGCUCCUCUCCGACUCCUUCCAGUAUAAGGAGAUCUUUGACGGCGUCCUCUGGGAGGUCAAGGGCAAGUGGGUCGUCGAAGGAGCUGUCGAUGUGGAUAUUGGUGCCAAUCCAUCUGCCGAGGGUGGUGAAGAUGAGGGUGUUGAUGACCAGACUGAAAGGGUUGUUGACAUUGUUGACACCUUUCGCCUCCAGGAGCAACCCACAUUUGACAAUAAAACAUUUGUGACUAACAUUAAGCGCUACAUCAAGAACCUCACUGGCAAGCUGGAGCCAGACAAGGCAGAUGAAUUCAAGAAGGGCAUUGAGGGUGCCACCAAGUUCCUUCUUAGCAAGCUCAAAGAUCUUCAGUUGUGUAAUGAGCAGUCUUUUAUCUUGAGAACUUUAAUCCCUGCGGCUUGCGAAGUGAAAUGGAAUUGGGAGCAACUAUGCCAUAUUAGAUAUCUGCAGCAGUAGAAUUGGGAUUGGGAGCAACUAUGCCAUAUUAAAUAUCUGCAUCAGUAGAGAAGAUGGUGCUUGAUGUUUGAAGCUCUAAUACCAAGGGUAGAGAGGACCUACUAACUGGUGCAUCUUGAGUCAUUGGACAUCCAGAAAAAGCACCAGCUAAUUGAAGCUCUAAAGGCACCAUCUGAAGAUAGUGGAGUUUGAAGAUAUGAAGCCAUCUUGCUGUUUAGUACUUGCAAUAUCUUAUUUGGGGCUUUCUGUUUAUAACUAUACUGCAGGAUUGUAGAGCUAGCAUGUGUGACUAGGUGAUGUUUGUUAUUUAAAAUUGUUUAAACUGCUUUUUGUCUGAAUUAUGAAUAUUUUCCCAAUCUAUGCUUCAUUACUAAAAGAUAUUAGUUCAUUGGUUCUUUAA